UACUCUAUAAAGUUUAAGUCACUCUCUUUUUUCACAAUUAUUUUCCCCCCACUUCAUACCUUCUAACAUUUCCUAUAUAUAUUUCUAUAUAUUUCUCCCUUUUUUUCAUCGUAAACAAUAAGAAUUAAGAAAAAGAAAAAUAAUAUGGGUGGAUCAAAUAAUUAUAUUUAUUCCUAUUUAUUUGUAUUUUCUAUAAUUUUUCUUUUUAGUUUAAAAUCAUUUGCAAUACCAAAUAAUGAAGAAAAUGAGUUUAAACUUUCCUCAACUACAACUUUUCCUAGAUUACAAGCAGAAAGAUUGAUUAAGCAACUUAAUUUAUUCCCUAAACAAUCAUUUAAUAAAUAUCAUCAUGACCCAGUUAUGAAUGUGGGUGGGUUAGAAAAUGAGUCGGGUUUGGUUGAAAGGAAGUUUAAGAUAUCCGAACUUGGUGAUUCGGGUAGUAGUGUUGAAGAUUUGGGUCAUCAUGCUGGCUAUUAUCGUCUUCCUCAUAGCAAAGAUGCUAGGAUGUUCUACUUUUUCUUUGAAUCUCGGAGCAGCAAGAGCGACCCAGUGGUCAUAUGGUUGACAGGAGGACCAGGAUGCAGUAGUGAGCUUGCUCUCUUUUAUGAGAAUGGCCCAUUCCAAAUUGCCAACAAUAUGUCUCUUCUUUGGAAUGAUUUCGGUUGGGAUAAGGCAUCGAAUCUCAUCUAUGUCGACCAGCCAGUAGGAACAGGUUUCAGUUACACUUCGGAUAACAGUGAUAUCCGACACGAUGAAAAUGGUGUUAGCAAUGACUUGUAUGACUUCCUGCAGGCUUUCUUCAAAGCACAUCCUGAUUAUGCGAAAAAUGACUUCUAUGUCACCGGAGAAUCCUACGCUGGGCACUACAUCCCUGCCUUCGCUGCUCGAGUUCACAGCGGAAAUAAAGCUCAAGAAGGAUUGCACAUAAACCUCAAGGGUUUCGCUAUUGGUAAUGGUCUCACUCACCCCGAAAUUCAAUACAAAGCAUAUCCAGACUAUGCUUUGGAUAACGGGAUCAUCAACAAGAAAGAUCACAAACGCAUCAGCAAUAUGAUUCCUGCUUGCGAACAGGCAAUCAAGCAAUGUGGUACUGGUGGUAAAGAUGCCUGUUUGAGUGCAUACUUUGCUUGUACCAACAUCUUCAACAAGAUUAUGGAUCUAGCAGGAGACAUAAAUUACUAUGACAUCAGGAAGAAGUGCGAAACAAACUUGUGUUAUGACUUCUCAGACAUGGAAACAUUGUUGAAUCAAAAAUCAGUAAGACAAGCCUUGGGUGUUGGGGACAUAGACUUUGUAUCUUGUAGCACAGAGGUGUACGAUGCUAUGCAAAUGGACUGGAUGAGGAACCUCGAAGUGGGUAUCCCUGCACUUUUGGAGGAUGGGGUCAAGUUGCUGGUUUAUGCUGGGGAGAACGAUUUGAUAUGCAACUGGCUCGGGAACUCUAGAUGGGUGCACGCCAUGGAAUGGUCUGGACAGAAAGAUUUUACAACAGCUCGUACUGUAUCCUUCUCUGUUGACGGUAAAGAAGCAGGACAGCUGAAAAGUCACGGUCCCCUUGCUUUCCUCAAGGUGCACGAUGCUGGACACAUGGUACCAAUGGACCAGCCUAAGGCUGCUUUAGAGAUGCUCAAGAGGUGGACACAAGGUACAUUGACCUUGACAGAUAAAACAGAUGAAAUUUCUCUUCUAUGAUAUGUUGUCGGUCACAGACGGGUCAGAAUUGCUUAGAGUAAAAUCAAGACUGCAGCCUGUUCUCAUGGCUGGGAUCAUUGAGAAAAUUAGUUUGACCCAAUUAGAAAUCAGCGUACCGUACUAGUGAUCUUUGUAACCAUGAAGUUUCAAUUAUUUUGAAGAAUACUAAUAAAAUAUACAACCCUUUGUUUAUUA